AUGCUCAGCAGUACAUUCAGAGAGGUUACCCAGAGCAAAACCCUUAGCAGAUCCAACAGCAACAGUGGUCUACACGCGCUCAGCUUCCUGGACUGGAAGGCAACGUUAAAGCUCCCACCUCGAGAUAAUCGUUAUCAGACUGAGGAUGUGACGACUAUUAAAAGGGAUGAAUUUGAGGAUUACUUUUUGAAGAAGGGUCUGCUAAGGGGGAUAUAUGAAAAGGGUUUUGAGAAGCCUUCUCUGUUCUAA